CUUUGGGUUUUGUAUGUGCUGUAGGACAAAAUGGCGACCUUGCAACGGUUAGCAAGGCCUUGCCGACAAAUUUUGAAGAAUUAUGCGCGUAAUAGAGUGCCAAUGAAUUCUUGCAGAAUGAUAACUACUUCUGGCAAAAAUAAAGACAUUGCUUCAACUGGAAAUGAAUCGUUAGUUGAAAAAUCCCAGGAACUGAAGGACCUAGAGGAGCAUUUUGGCGAUGCAAAUCCAGAAAGAUUGAAGAAUUGGGUACCGUAUGGUUGGCAUCUUUCUGACAGAGAAAAUGACACAUUUAAUAUGAACCUUGUAAACUUUGCAAUGUUCACAAUUACCAUUGUUUUUGGAGCAGUUUAUAUAGCUUAUGAGCCGGAUACUCGCUUGAGGGAGUGGUCUGCAAGAGAGGCAUUUUUAGAAUUAGACAGAAGAGAAAAGGCGGGAUUACCUUUAGUCGACCCAUAUUUAAUACCCCCGGAGCAAAUUGAACUGCCAUCCGAGGAAGAGAUUGGAGACACUGAAAUUAUCAUCUAAUUUGUUAAUAUAGACGGUUUAUUAUAUGUGUGAAAACUGUGACAAGUUACUAGGUAAUCUGUUGGAGGUUUAAAAAAAAAAGUAAUUUUGACUUUAGUAGUAAAUAAAAAGCUUUUUAGAAGAUUUGUUAAAGAGUAAAAAUGAUAUGACAAGAGUGUUUAGGAUAUUGUUUGAUAUAUUUCAUGUGUUUUGAAGUAUAACUAGUGUAAUGGUCUAAAUUUGAACAGGUCUUGGUACCUGGGAACAUUUUCGGCAUACGUAAUCACAUUUGCUUAAGAAUUUUGAAAUGUUACCGUAUUAUUAUAAAUAUUGAACUGGUCAGUGUACAAUUUUGUGCUAUAAAAUACAUGUUAUCAACAAUUUUCUUGUAAUUUUGAUGUUGAAUUAAUGUUUGUUGGUAAAUAAAUAUUCAAUAAUGUUAAAGAGCAAGUUAGUUACACAGAAAGGAAAACUCAUCUUUGAGAAAACUUGAAAAAAUAGCAUCAAAUGACGUGAUAGAAAGUCUCUAUUCUAUUUAUGGAUUUGAUCUUGAUGAAGUUUUCGUAAUAAAAAAUGUUUUAUGAUAAAUUUCC